AUGGAGGAGGGGGGGGGCCUGAACACCACCGUCUUAGCCAACACGGCCCAAGAGGUUGAGUGGGGGGCGGGCACGGGUGUCAGACGCCUCAGAGAGCCCUGGAAGCUGCAGGAGAAGUGUUUCAGCAGCGAGAGGGACACGCCCCCUGCACAUCAGAGCACAGCCUUCUAUCUUGAGGGCCAUUCCCCACUCCUCUUCACCCUGCGGCUCACCCUGCGGCUCACGCUGCCGCUCACCCGCUGGGCCGGUGGAAGUUGCACUCACAGUUUCAGCGCAGACUUCUGGCAGCUGGAGAAUCAAUUCUGCGGCCGCAGGCCCGCCAGGCAGCAGCCCCGCCCAGCAGGGGGCAGUGUGACCAAGGUCGCCAGCGGUAAUCACAGGACCGAAGGCGUGGGCGGCGCAGAAAAGCACAUCAGUUUCACUGUCAGGGCUCCCGGGGUGAGCGUGUCCGGAGCCGGCAUUCAGCGUGCGGAGGCCCAGGAAGCCGCAUUAAAAGCCUGCCUGGAGUUUCAGCCCAAGUCAUUCCCAGUGGUGUCUCUGGGCGUGAGCACGUUCACGCUGUGCGCGCUCUGCGUGGACCGCUUCCGCACCGCCGCCAACGCGCACACGCGCUACGAGUCCGUGGAGAGCUGCGGCUCCACCGCGGGCAAGCUGGCGGUGGUCUGGAUCGGAGCGCUCCUAUUGGCCCUGCCGGAGCUGGUCAUCCACCAGCUGGUGCCGGAGGACGGGGCGGGGCGGCGCUGCGCGGUGCGGGUCUCGCCCGACCUGCCCGAUGCGGCGUACGCGCUGGGGCUGACCUAUCACGGCGCGCGGCUCUGGUGGCUGUUCGGCUGCUACUUCUGCCUGCCCAGCCUGUUUGCGGCGGGCGGGGCGCUGGUGACGGCGGGCCGGCUGCGCCGCGCUGAGAGGGCGGGGCUGCGCGGCUCCAAGCAGAGGCUGCGGCUGGAGCGGCACAUGAACCGCGGCCUGGUGGCGCUCGCCAUCCUGCACGCCGUCUGCGUGGCGCCCGAGAGCACCCGCCACGCCGUCUCCGCCUACAUGGCAGCCCGGGUCCCGCCGCGGGCCGCCAACCUGCUCUGGCUGGCCAGCCAGCUGCUGCUGAUCUCGCGGGCGGCGGCCACGCCCGUGCUGCUCUUCUGCCUGUGCCGGCCCUUCGGCCACGCCCUCCAGAACUGCUGCUGCUGCUGCUGCCGCCGGCGCGAGAGCGCCCCCCAGAGGCCCGGCCAGAACGACGUCCGCCUGCAAACCCCCGAGCUGGAGCUGGCGCCCGUGAGCUCCGCCCAGCCCCAAACACCCGCCAACACCGCCGCCGCUGCCAUGGGAACGAACUGCUCCGCCCCCCAGACACCCGCCAACGCGGCCGCCGCUGCCACGGGAACAAACUGCUGAGCGCGCUCAGUGAUGCUGCGCAGGAGAGCUGGGCGCAUGAAACAGUCUGUAAUUCUGUGCCUGUGAAAAUGCAGAGUCUGUGCUUUUAAAAGGUCAGAGUUCAUUUCACUCAGUCCCUGUGAGCCCAAGAGGGAGGAAGUCUCCACUGGAACGGAUUCAACACUGAACAUUUACCAUGUGGCCGCAUCUGUCUGUUUUUAUUUAUUUUUAUUUUGUUGCGCACUCACAGAACUACAUCGCAUUUACAAGACUGGCUUACAAACGCGCUGCAUCCUCUCAGACAGGAUGCACACAUACAGAAACAAACACCCACACAGCCAGAAACCACGCACAACCACACAUGUGGCACACACACACACACACACACACACACACAGCCAGAAACCACGCGCA